UAGAUUAUGGGGUUACCCUUAGAUAGCAAUUAUGAAGAAUCUGGAUAUGCCACGAACUACUCGCCAUUUUAUGCUGAUUCUGGCUAUUCUGACGGAUCUGAGAUUGAUUAUCCGAUAGAGCUCCCACGCAGUGAUAGUGUUCACUCAUACGAUAGCAGCGAUGAUGAUUUUUCUUGUCGAUCUACCCCUUCCCCACAAAAACAGCCUAUUCGCUACAAUGUUAUAAAACAUCUAGGCUCAGGGAGUUUUGGUGACGUUAGUUUGAUUAGCAAUCCAUUCAAUACACAAUGGUCAUCACAUAAAGAAGUUGCUAUGAAACGGAUCAAUAUGUCUAGACUUAAUCAAAAGCAACGAGAAGAGGUGGAAUAUGAAGUUGCCCUUCAUGAGACGUUAACAAAAUCUGGUGAUAAUCACAUUGUUCAUUGUUAUGGCGCAUGUGAUGAUGUUGUUAUGGAGGAAAAGCACAUUUACCUAGAAUAUGUUAAUGGCAGUGAUCUCUUUGAGAUGGCUAUGAACAAAGGAGGAGUGGGAAAAACUGCUGCGAAGAGUUAUUUUCGACAGCUACUUGAAGGAUUGGCGUUCUUACAUGAAUUGUCCGUGGCACAUCGAGACAUCAAGCCUGAGAAUUUGCUUAUCGAUAGGCUUGGUGCACUAAAAAUAGCGGAUUUUGGUCUUGCUGACUGUUAUCGCGAAUCACCUGACGAGCCAGAUCGACGGCUUUCGCGGAUUUGUGGCUCGUACGAGUACCUUUCACCACAAGUCCUUCAAAAUGAUUAUAGCGGACCAAAGAAUGAUAUAUGGGCAGCUGGUUGUGUACUUGUUGUUAUGCUCACCGGAGAUUUACCAUGGGACAGAGCCGCUCGGGCUGAUCCAGCAUUUUCUAUGUGGCUCAAAGGGCAAGUACCGCCAGUUCUGAGAAGCUUAGAUAGUGAAACUUUAGCUUUUGUGCGGGACAUAUUGGUAGUUGAUGAAAAUUUACGCCCAACAGCCAAACAAUUGUUGAAGCAUCCGUGGUGGAAUACUCAAAUAGAGAAGAGAUCCAAGAAAAGCAGUGCAGAGCCGUCAUUGAAGCGUGCAAGAAUAGAAAAUCAUUAGAAUGUUUCACAGAUCUACGAGUAUAGAUACUGGUUUCGUUAAUGCGUCAAGGGAUCCUCAGUCGUUACGGUUACUAUUAUUAUAAUUAUUCACGCGUAUAUUACCAUUGUGACUUGAGUAUGUUCUAUGUUGGAUAUUAUGAUAUCAUUGUUAAGUUUUGAAUUAUGAGCUGAUUGUCUGUACAGUUAAUUAAACCGGGUAAGACUUUAACGGGAUUGUAGUUGAAUUUGUUUGGACAAUGUGAAACAUGACGGUAAUAAAUGUUGAGAAAUAAA